AUGCCCAAAGAUUCUCCCCACAUGACAUCUCCAGAGAUCGAGCAACAUGAUGCUCCUGCCGAAGAAGCCACGAGCCAACCCUCCACCUCCAAGGGCAAGCUCGUGGCCUUCUACGCCCACCCCUGGACACAAAUCAUCCUCAUCAGCAUGAUCUGCUUCUGCUGCCCAGGCAUGUACAAUGCCCUCGGCGGCCUCGGCGGAUCCGGCCAAGUCGAUCCAACCGUCGCAGCCAACGCCACGGUGGCCCUGCUGUCAUGCACAGCGGGCACCGCUCUCAUCGUCGGCGGCCCCGUCUUCAACCGAACAGGGCCUCGCUUGUGCUUUUUGCUCGGGGGCUGGACUUAUGCGCUAUACAGCGGCAGCCUACUGAACUUCAACCAUCAUCCGAAUGGUGCGUUCGUGAUCGCGUCGGGGGCGAUCCUCGGCGUUGGCGCCAGCAUGCUUUGGGUGGUCCAGGGCGCAAUAAUGACAACCUACGUACCUGAAUCGCAGAAAGGCCGCGCCAUCGCCGUCUUCUGGGUCAUCUUCAACCUAGGUGGGGGCAUCGGCAGCCUGGCCUCGUUCGGUCUGAACUUCCACUCCAAAUCCGGCACCGUCAGCGACAGCACGUACAUUGCACUUAUGAUCAUCAUGCUCGUCGGCUGGGCUCUGGGUCUCUUCAUAUGCUCACCGUCACGCAUCCGGCUCGCACAACUGCAUGCCGCCGUAGAGACGGAGUCCCACUCCUGGAAAGGGUCUGCGCAGAUGGUGGUCAAGAUCCUCUUCAAGUGGCGCGUGCUGUGCAUGUUGCCGUUGUUCUUUUCGGCCAACGUCUUCUACUCUUAUCAGCAGAACAUCGUCAACGGUAUGACGUUCAACAUCCGCACCCGCAGUCUGAACGGCGCGCUGUACUGGAUUGCGCAGAUGCUGGGCGGCCUGAUCAUUGGCAUGUUGUUGGACCUACCGUUCCUGAGCCGCACCAACCGCGCUCGCGUGGGCUGGGCGUUCCUCCUCGUCACCGGUAUGGUGAUCUGGGGUGGCGGCUAUGCGUUCCAGCGCUGGCAAGACCGCCGCAUGGCUGAGGGACUCAAGCAGGACAUUGACUAUACUCAGGGCUCGGUGUCCACGGGUCCCAUCUUCCUGUACAUCUUCUAUGGUGCCUACGAUGCUUUGUGGCAGGGCUACUGUUACUGGCUCAUUGGCACGGAGAGCAACAGCACGGCCCGAGCUGCAGUGCUAGUGGGUGCAUACAAGAGCCUGCAGGCCGCUGGAGGUGCUGUGGCCUGGCGAGUCAAUGCGUUGCAUAAGCCGGCAAUGUCACAGCUGGGCCUGAACUGGGGACUGUGUAUCGGCAGCCUCCUAUUCGUGCUGCCCACGGCAUGGACAGUCAACGCCGUGACACGGGCGGAGGACGAGCGGGGAGGCGAGGUCGUGGUAAGUGAUGAGAAGGCAAGGGAGGUCGAAGAGUACGAGCGGGCAGGGCCUUAG